ACUUAAAAGGUUGUCAUAUACAAUAACAGGCAUAAUCUUUCAAAUAUAAUCAAAAUCAGCACGCGCUGUAUGUUAUUGUUUUUAAAAUAAAACCGCGACUGUGGUACAAACACGAACAAAAUGGCCAAACUUGUAGCUCCGCCGCCGAGAUUUACAACCGAAGAAUGGACCCUGUCGAACAACACGAACUACUCGACAGCCGAACAGAACCGAAAAAUCGCCGAGCACAUCCGAGCCGAAGCGGAUCGACUCGUGAGCGAAACAGCCGAGACCACAGAGAAGACCCAACAGGAGACGACUAAGCGAAUUGACCAGCGACUCACGGACAUCUCUCACUGGACCGGGCAAGUGGAUAAGAUUAAAACAGACACUCUCAAAGAGAUCGAGAACCUUCUGGACUACAAAAGAAGAAUUGAAAACUCCCUCGCCGGGUAUCUAGACCGAAACAGGGCACUUACCCGAAAGUGUCUGCAGCUCAGAGAGAACCGAAAGGAUAUCGACUUGGUGCAUGAUGAAGCACAGAAGGAGCUAGUGAAGGAGCUGGAGAUGAUCCAGGGUAUCGAAGGACUGCUGCAGAGAACCCUGGAACAGGUUGAGGAGCAGAUCCGAGUUUGUCGAUCAGCCGAUUACUACCUGGAUAAAGAGUUGAAUGACAAAUUUUCUGCCUUUAAUAUCGACACAAAGUGUCACGGCUUGUCGAACAAGGACGCGGGAGGAGCUGCACAUCGGUAUCUAGGAUCCGACAAGAUCACCCCGAACUCAGUUACACCUGAAGACUGGGAACGGUUCUCGCACGACAACAUCCAAAAAGCCGACAGAAACAAGAACGCAUCACUCAAUCUUAGAUCAGUCGUGGAUAGCGUAUUGGAGCAGACUCGCGAAGACCUGAUCAAGCAAUGCGCUGCUGUGGACGCAGCGUUCCGAAGGCGCAUUCAGGAAACAGAACGUGCCUUGCAGAAAGAUAUCGACCAUCACGAGAAAGUUGUCGUCGAAAUUUCUGAAGUCGAGAAGACUAUUGAGAUGCUGAUUGGCGCUAUUGCCGAGAAGCAACCUCCGUUAAUGGUUGCAGAGACACGACUGAACGAGCGAACUGAGCGACCAAACAUCGAGUUGUGCCGAGACGCGCCGCAGUACCGACUGAUUGGAGAAGUGGCGCAGAUCAACGAGAGCAUUCGAAGGUUGCAGGUGCAACUAGCUGAGGCACGCGAACAGUUGAAACAGCUGAUUAGAAACCAACUGCAGCUAGAAGAAGAUAUUGACAUCAAGAAACACACUCUGCAAAUCGACCGGGAACUUUGCGUGGCGGAGCGAAAGAAAAUGGAACACCCAAUUUUCUAAAAUUACAACAUGGAUGUUAUACUAAAAAAUUGCGAAGGAGGUUUACCGUUAACAUUCUGGAGUCAGCUUGAAGAAAAAGAAAAAUUGAAAAUUAUUGCUAGCAUGUAUUUACAAAGGAGUUUUUAAUUGAAUUUCCGGCAACUUUUUUAAUCUA